CUCUGUCUUUCCCUGCAGUUUUGAGUAUCCGGGGAGCCCAAGAAGAGGAGCCCACAGACCCCCAGCUGAUGCGCCUGGACAACAUGCUGUUAGCGGAGGGCGUGGCGGGGCCCGAGAAGGGCGGAGGAUCGGCGGCAGCGGCUGCAGCGGCUGCGGCCUCUGGAGGGGCGGGUUCAGACAACUCAGUGGAGCAUUCCGAUUACAGAGCCAAACUCUCACAGAUCAGACAGAUCUACCACACGGAGCUGGAGAAAUACGAGCAGGCCUGCAAUGAGUUCACCACCCAUGUGAUGAAUCUCCUGCGAGAGCAGAGCCGGACCAGGCCCAUCUCCCCGAAGGAGAUCGAGCGGAUGGUCAGCAUCAUCCACCGCAAGUUCAGCUCCAUCCAGAUGCAGCUCAAGCAGAGCACGUGCGAGGCCGUCAUGAUCCUGCGUUCCCGAUUUCUGGAUGCACGGCGGAAGAGACGGAAUUUCAACAAGCAAGCGACGGAAAUCCUGAAUGAAUAUUUCUAUUCCCAUCUCAGCAACCCUUACCCCAGUGAGGAAGCCAAAGAGGAGUUAGCCAAGAAGUGUGGCAUCACAGUCUCCCAGGUAUCAAACUGGUUUGGAAAUAAGCGAAUCCGGUACAAGAAGAACAUAGGUAAAUUUCAAGAGGAAGCCAAUAUUUAUGCUGCCAAAACAGCUGUCACUGCUACCAAUGUGUCAGCCCAUGGAAGCCAAGCUAACUCACCCUCAACUCCCAACUCAGCUGGUUCUUCCAGUUCUUUUAACAUGUCAAACUCUGGAGAUUUGUUCAUGAGCGUGCAGUCACUCAAUGGGGAUUCUUACCAAGGGGCCCAGGUUGGAGCCAACGUGCAAUCACAGGUGGAUACCCUUCGCCAUGUUAUCAGCCAGACAGGAGGAUACAGUGACGGACUCGCAGCCAGUCAGAUGUACAGUCCGCAGGGCAUCAGUGCUAAUGGAGGUUGGCAGGAUGCUACUACCCCUUCAUCAGUGACCUCCCCUACAGAAGGCCCUGGCAGUGUUCACUCUGAUACCUCCAACUGAUCUCCCAGCAAUCGCAUCCCGGCUGACCCUGUGCCCCAGUUGGGGCAGGGGCAGGAGGGAGGGUUUCUCUCCCAACGCUGAAGCGGUCAGACUGGAGGUCGAAGCAAUCAGCAAACACAAUAAGAGUCUCCUUCUCUUCUCUUCUUUGGGAUGCUAUUUCAGCCAAUCUGGACACUUCUUUAUACUCUCUUCCCCUUUUUUUUCUGGGUAGAAGCCACCCUUCCCUGCCUCCAGCUGUCAACCUGGUUUUCAUCAUCUUCCCUGCCCCUGUGCCUCUGUCCUAGACCCCUAGGGUCCCUGCCCUCUAUUACAUCACUGAAGGAUAUUUUCAACAAUUAGAGCAAUUUAAAGAGGGGGAAAAAAUGAUAAAGAAAAUAAUAAAAGUGUUUGUAUGUUUUCAUGCUGGUGGUUUGAGGAGCCAAAUUUACCUCACUCGGAUCCCUGCCUCCCUAUGUUAACAGGCAGUCCUUCUCUGUUUCUCUUGUUACUCUCACUACCUCUUUUCAGGAAUACGCCACAUUGCCCUACUCAUUCCAGGCCUCCUUACCUCCUCUCACUCUUUCUCCCUGGGAACAAUGCUGAUUGGAACACUUUCCUCCUCUUCCUUCCCAGCCCCAGGCAUUCACUGGAGAUUGCUAUAGCUGGGCUUCUAAAGGUGCCACGUUUUCCGGCUUCAGCUCCACUAGGUUGAUUCCCAGGCAAGAAGUCAGGGGGCAGGGGAGGACACAGGAACAGCAAGGGCAGAAUUCCUACAGGUUUUCUCAUCCUCCUGACGGCCACACUCAGUUUCAGAGGCACAUUCUUUGGAGACCAUUCAACACUCAACAGGUCAUGUUUAGAACCUGUUGCAAAACCAGGCCUGAGUUAAGCAUGGCGAUGAAUGCAUCACUAAGGAGUAGAAGGUCUUACCCCAAGCCCUUCAACUAUCCCUUCACACCUGCACACACAUACAUGCACAAGUAGGCGCAUGCCUUUCCCAAGAUCCCAUAUGCAAAUACAUACUUAGUAGCCAUAGCACUGUACCCUGUGAGCUCAAGAGAGGGAAUUAGCAACUCUGAGUCAAGGUCAUGGACGCAGAGAAGAAAUACGCAUCCGAGGUUUCCAAGAUCUGCAGGCCCACUAGUGGGCACCUAGCAGAAUGACAUACACAGGACCCAGUCGAAAGGAAGGCCAGGUUUCCAGUGUAAGCUAUUCCUAUUCCUACCACCUCUGGAGCACUCAGGGAGCCACGCACAGUACUUACAAUGUCUGUAAUGGAUUUGGUUCUGUUUCAUUUUUGGUUUUAUAUUAGGCACAUUGUAUUAAUUAUCCAAAGUGUUACAGGGCACCAUGUUCUUGAUCCUGACCUAUUGCCCUGAAGCAGAGAGUUUUGUAAGAACGUGGCUCAUGUGAACUUUCUGCUAGCUUAAUUUCAAGACCUGAGAGUCAUGGGGAAAGGGAAGUAAGGUUUUCAUUGAAAUCAUCACAGGGAUUGUUAUUCUCUGCGAACAUCUAGGAAAAACUAGCAUGCACUAGAAAGCUAUUCUCAAAUGUCACCUGAGCUCACCAUCUUCGUAGCCAAAUCUAUCAGCAAUCGAGAUGGCGGCUCUGCCUCAUGAUUUAGCAGGAGGUGGUUGAAUCUCUUGGUGCUUCGUUCUCUUCAUCUGUGAGAUGGGGAUUGUGAUGCCUGGCUCACGAAGAGGCUUGUGAGAGACUGAAGCAAUUGAUUUCAUUCAUAUCCAAUCUGUAAAUGUGAGUCAACAUCCCUGAGCUAAACAGGUUCUUGCCAUCUAGGGACCGUAAAUGGUUUUCCUACUCUAACUGUUCGGUACCAUCAGUACCCUGAUAUCAGCAUGGCGACAAAGAGCAGCAUUAUAGUUAGUUUUCUUGGUUUGGGUCUGUUUUGUUUCUUAGGAGAGAGACAAGCUUCCAAACUAAAAACAUGGAACCUGGUUCUCUUAGUCGGUACUUAAACCCAAUAUGUGGCCUUGUCACGUACUUGGCCCCUGUCACAUUUACUCUGCUUGGGAGGCUUUCAGGGAGAGGUACCUAAGGGGUGAGGAUGGCCAGCUAAGAGGGGCAUGGGGAUUCUGCACGGUGCUAUGGUAAUUAAUAGAAAACCCUCCUCUGUGUGUGCUUGGGAAACCUAGGGGUGCUAGUGAAGAAAAUCUGGGACUUGUGUCUUUGAAGGAAAUGUAAAAAGUCAGUAUUUGGCCAAAUGAGAUUAUACCUUGGUGGCUAAAGGGCACUGGAGGAAAAACUGGGUCUCCUAACCCAUGCCCUCAUCAGAACAAGGCUAGAUAAAGAGAGUUCCUAUAAGGAGAAUUUUUGUGACGAUUCUAUGGUGAUUAGAACCAGUGGAGAACUCUGACUAAAUGGCAGGAGUAUAUUGAAACUACCCACACAGGAACAUGGCUGGAUCACAUCUGCUUGACUAGGGCAAAGUGCAAAAGAGACACAAAAGAAUUCUUUUGGAAACAAGAAGUAACCCAGAUGUGGCUUGAGUGACUUCCAGGCUAAGUUGAUGAAAAAGAUCAGAGCAGCGCUGCAUUCGCACAGGCAACUUCUCUCCAGGCAGUAUUUGCUCUGAUGAACCUCUCUCAGCAUCUUCCUUCACUUCACUCAGUCUCCUCUCUGCCCAGGCCUUACCCACAGCCCCCUGCCUGCCCAUUGUCACUUCCGGCGUGGCAACUGUGAGAUCACUCCGGGUUAAGCAAAGCAGGAGGGCACUGACAAUGGGAGCAUGGGCUUGGAAAGAGCGUGCCUCUGGAAAUUCAGCUCCCUGGGAAUUCACAUCAGGCCCAUCCUAUCUGUACCAAAAUGUGCCCCAGGAUUCCUUCAUUUUCUCAUGGAAGUGGGAGUGCUCCAUUUUCCCUGAAAGCAAAUGUCCCCUGAGAAACAGUCCUCGGCCUUGGGUUUGCCCAUUUUGUAACUCUUCAUGACAUCCUCCUUUCCAUCCCUGACUCCUCCCCCGGCGUGGAAUUGACUCCCGUGCAGUACUUUGGCCAAGUGGCACCUUCUUUCAGUGUACUUUUUGUUUUGCUGUGGUGGUUGUUCUUUAUUUGCUGGCUGCCUUUUCUCACACAUAUCUUUUCCCCUCUUUCCUUCUGCUUUUUGUUUUUCUGCCCAGAAAAACCUGACUUCGAUACCAAAAAAGAUGAAACUACAGAAACUCAAAUUUAAAAAAAACUUUAAAAAAAACAAAAAAAUACUCAACGAUUCUUUCAGCUUUAUUAACAUUUUCCAUUGUUUCUUGCAACUUGUGUCUCGUUCUUUGUAGUAUUGAUGAUGAACAUUUGAUAAUGAAUGUUCUUGUAUAUUCAGAUAAAGAAAAAAACCAAAAAAGCGGUCUGAAUUUAAUAGUGUUUAUAAUAAAAAUUUUAAAAAUGACCCUCAUAGCACGCAAAACAGGAUGGGGACUUUCCCCUCUUCUUUCUGUGACAAUGCGCAUCAUUCCUGCAUUAGUUUUUAACACCAAACUACCUACAUUCAUCAUUUCCCCCAUUUUUCUUUUAUUUUCUUGCAUUUGUGAAUUAGUUCAAGAAUGCUAGAAAAGUGUCGAGUUGUGCACAUCCAUUUCUUGUUUCACAAUGUUUAAAAGUGACAGUAAUUCAUUUUGUAAACUAAAAAAAAAAAGGUUGGAAUAGUGAGCAUAAUAGGUACAACCUAACACAUUAUUAUGUUUAUUAACGUUGAGACCCAGAAAUAAAUUCUUUUCUUUUCUUUAUUCCUGCUCCUAAAAGUACAAAAAAAAGUUGUAUGUUUUGUUCUGUGUUAUUUUGAUUUGUUUAUUGGGGGGGCUUUUUUAAUUGUCAGGAUUAUGAUCUUGCUGUUUUUCUUCCUUAAAUAUGUAUACGAGGUGAUGUGAAAAGAUACAUUGGUAGGGUAGAUGGUUUCCUUGUCCUGCUUUGCUUCAGAAUGCAGUUGAUAUCAGAAGCAAUGAUGAAGUCUAUGUUGAUGUCUCAUUGCUCGCCUGCACUUCCAGUGUGUGGCGCUCAUGCAGUCCUUGGAAAAAAUAAAAUUAAGGACUUGCUUCUCCUUUUAGCCCUUUACAAAUUCCAGAAAUUGGUCCAGGGGAACUUUUUAUAAUAACAGAAAAGGCUUUUGCCUUUGUUGAUUCUGAAUGUCACAACUAAGUGCUUUCUUUUCUUUCUCCCUGAUUAAUAACAACAUUCCAUGAGACCUCUUCCAACUAGCAAGGAUUUUUCUUCCCAAAGAAUCCCGCAGGAGAUACUGGUAUGUUGGGCACUACUGGCUAAGUAGACUAAAUUCGAGAAACAGUCCCAGGGCCUGUCUGCCUGAUGAGCUCUUGAGUCCUGAUUCUGGAUGGAGACAGUGAGCCAGGCUUCAUGAUGAAGCUUGAACGCUAAGAGGUUGCAUCACAGAGAGUGCACCUCUUAUCAACCCCUGAUUUAGGCAGCUGCUUGAAGAAAAUUGCAAAACUGACUUGAUUCGGAAUGUUUUUAUUAGUUACAGGAGAAAAGAAAGCAAUAUAAUCUGUAAGAAACUCGAUUUUAAACAUCUUUCAUUCAGCAAAUUCUGUUCAGAAGGCAGCCAGAACUUAAGCAACAAAAGUGAAGACAGAAUGCAGAAUUAGGAACUGUUUCCACCCGCACACUCGUGCUCUUGUGUUUAAGUCAUAAUGAAAUAAUGAUGAGCUUUUCACAUCACCUUUAUGGUUUCAAUUCCUAGCUCAAAGCUUUCUGGAAUCUUUUAUUUCUUGUAAAUUUUUUUUUCUUUUGUUAAAAUAAAUAAAACAUUCAAUGUUUUCCCUCUUUUCUCACUUAUUACUUCUUUUCUUUGGCAUUUUCAUUUUGAAAUGCUUUCCUUUGGUUGUUGGUUUUAUUCUCCCCUUCCUCCUCCCCGUUUCUUAUUAUUCAGAGUAUAAACCUGCAAAGCUCUGCUCUGUUUUGGUUUUGAAAGUUUAAGCUUUUCUGCUUUUGUGAGAGCACAGGCUUCUGUCCCUUUUGAUUCCAACUGAACUUUUGUGUUCUCUAAUGAUACUAACACGGUGUAGGUUUUACAGUCUCCUAAUUUGUACUGGUAAUGCAUAUUCCAAAUAAAUAGUUUCUUUUGUUGCAAAAAAA